ACUCCACUUUCCUACACUCUCUAGCUACCUACAUCUCUUCCUUUUCAGUUCCAUUUGAUUUUUUUUCAACUUAUUCACCAUACUAAUUUUAUAGGGCCUCAUUUUAUCAAAUCAUAGUGUUGCAUUUCACAUUUCACUCAUACAUAAAAUGUCGAGCCGAAGAUCAAGAUCAAGGCACUCUGGAUCCUCGAGGACCACCGAUGAUCAAAUCAACGAUCUCGUCUCCAAACUGCAGCAACUCCUCCCCGAGAUGCACAACAGGCGCUCAGACAAGAAGUCAGCAACCAAAGUGUUGCAGGAGACAUGCAACUACAUUAGAAGCUUGCACAGAGAAGUUGAUGACUUGAGUGAGAGGCUGUCUGAAUUGCUUGAAAAUGCAGACACAACUCAAGCUGAUCUUAUUAGAAGCUUAAUUAUGCAGUAGUUUUAAUUUUUUUUUAUUUUGAAUUUUACUAUUUGUUGCUGCAAUCAUCACUGUAUUUUGUUUCCGGA